CGUGGCCCCAGGGGGAAGAAAUUCACGCCUGAACCAGGUGUGUGGCCUGGAAAAAAGACCGGCUUCUUCCGGUUCCGUCCCGGUAGCAAGAUGGCGGUGCCCAGGGCGCCCCUGCGCCUGGUGGGCCCUGUGUGCAGCGUCAGGGGCGUCCACGGCCUGAGUGGGACGGGGCCCCCACGGGGCAGCCAGCAGAGGUGGCGGGCGCUGCUGCAGUUCCUGACCGACCACUUCUAUGACGUGGAGGCUCUGAGGCAGUACCUGCUGCGGAAGCAGGUGCUCAAAGUGCAGCGGGACAAUCGAUCCUUCACCUCCCUGGAGGAGCGCUACGGUCCGUCCGUGGCGGGCGCCUUCUUCGUCCUGAAGCAGGGAGGCGCAGUCAAGUAUGGCGGCAGGUUCCGGGACCAGGAGUGGAUCCGGCCCAGCAAACACGGCCGCUUCUCCCUGGAGUUCUUCAAGUCCCAGAACGUGUCUGUGGAGGCUGUGGAUGCCAGCGGCUGUGCCAUCAACUACGAGGGCCUGGGCAGUCUCUUGCCCCUGAGGGAGCUCCGGUCCCUGUCGCUGCAGCGCUGCCCCCACGUGGACGACUGGUGCCUCAGCCGCCUCCACCCGCUGGCCGCGUCCCUGGAGGAGCUCUCGCUGGCCGGCUGCCCUCGGGUCUCGGAGCGAGGCCUUGCCUGCCUCCACCACCUCCAGAACCUCCGCUGGCUGGACAUCUCGGAUCUCCCGGCUGUGUCCAACCCGGGCCUCACGCGCAUCCUGGUGGAGGAGAUGCUGCCUGGCUGCCAGGUGGUAGGGGCUGACUGGGCCCAGGGCCUGAGGCUGGGGUCUGAGGAGCAGCCCCGGGACGCAGCCAGCCCCAUCCCUGCUUAGCCUGCAGCCCCAGCCCACCUAGGGCUCCCGGAAGGCUGCUGGGGUUCCUUAGCCUGGGCAUGUGUAUGGGCUGGGCAGUGACUGGCAUAUCAGAGAAGGCAGGCGUGAGGUUGGGGUGUCCGUUGCCCUUUGGUAGCCCCACAGAACUGCCCACUCCUUCGAGGACUCCUGCUGCACACAGCAGGUGCUGUGGUACCAGGCUCAGAUGGCUGGGUGCCUGGUGUGGGCAGUUACUGGCUUGGGUUCCCAGUUCAGCUCUUCUGUGUGCUCCCUG